AUGUUGGAAAAAAAAGUUCGGUUUUCAGUAUAUGAUCCUAAUUCUCAUACACACACUUGCGAUUCAUGUUUAAUAUUCAAAAGUGGAACAACUGGUACUCAAUGUGGUUUUAUAUUAGCGAUUAUAGGUGAUUCAAAACAAGAAUAUCGUCUACUCAUCAACAAAAUGAAAAUAAUUCAAAGGGAUUCUCUUACCUGUAAGAAUAAACGUGCCAUAAAUCCAUUCAUAUUUUCUGGUCAACCAACAGACCCACCUCAAUUCGUAUUAAUACCUGUUGAACACAUCAUUGCCAAACUUGCUUACAAAAAAGAAGCAAACCAAUUUCAUUUUUUUCAGUACCCUAACACAGUACAAAGUACAUAA